AUGGCAGAUAAUUACUUUCCCUAUACGUAUACGUCUGAUAACGAUCACAACCUUCAGCACCGCUGGGUAAUUAUCGACGAGGCUCAAAUAAUGACGUCGCCCGCUUGUCAUCAAAAGCAUACGCCUAUUUUGCCUCACAUAGUCGUUCCUUUUCCUCCGCAAAUUAAUCCGAAAGAUCUUAUUAUCAAACAAAACAAGAAGAGCAAGAAGGCAACAAAACCACCGAACGCUUUUAUGAUAUAUCGGAUGAGGUACGUACAACAGCUGCAUUCCAAAGGUUAUAGGCUUCCGAUGCGAGACUUAUCGCCGCUGAUAUCAAAGUCAUGGCGUGAACAACCUGAUAUAGUUGUUCAACACUAUGAACAACUCGCAAAAGAAGCAAGCAGCUACUAUAACGAGAUUAAUGAAAGGGUUCCAAAAAGACAGUCUGAACCUCGUCUACCGCUUUCGAAAUCGAGCUCUACACAUUCGCCGGUCUAUAUGUCUGCUAAGGAACCCAUAUAUCCUCCCCGUAAUGGGACUAUUCCGGUGAGGAAUUCUUGCACAGAGCCUUAUCAACAUUCUCUCUGCGGAAAUGUCGAUAAGCAUUAUAGUCAGCAUCCUUCGCAUUACCAUUCACCAUAUCCAUAUUCGCAAUUACCUCCUACACUAUCGCAAACUACUUUUCCAAGUAGCAACUAUGUGGACAAUACCCGAAACCCGUUUACGCUACCUAGUAUUAAUACUAUGUCUCACAUGCCUGCUCCGCGUAGACUGGCAGAUACAAGCAAUAUUACAUCUAAUGCAUAUCCUGGCAGUCUUUAUGGAAGUUGGGAAUAA